AUACUGAUCUGAAUGCUCCAUUGUGGGAACACUAUUGUUGCGGUUCAUUUUGAUCUUGACAUUUAUAGGACGUUACCAACAUGUGGAAGAUUACUGUAGCUUUCCUUCUCUUUGUGUUGCUGGCUGUAAACGGAGAAAGCGAGAUGAACAAGAAGAAAGAACGAGAGCUCUGUCCCUCUGGCUGGAAGAAAUAUGAAAGGCAAUGUUAUAAACUUUUCAAAAUAAAAAGAAACUGGAAUGAGGCAGAGAAACUAUGUGUUGGAAGCAAAGGACACCUUGUGUCUGUCCACAAACCAGCCGUUAACGCUUUUCUAAAGACAUUUCUGCAAAAUCGAGCUUCUCAUAUCUGGAUCGGUGGUUAUUAUGCAACUCAGAGAGCUGCCUGGACUUGGAGGGAUGGAUCUAAGUUUGGUUACACUAACUGGAAUGCUAAGCCUGCUGUCGCAAGAAACAAUAAAAAAUGUGUGCUGGCAACAUCCAGCAAAGGUGCGCUUCGCUGGAGAAGAGAACUCUGCAGUGCUCAUUUCUAUUUUGUCUGUAGCAAAACGGCAAAGUGAAACUGAGGAAUAUUCUAAUAUUUCAUAUCUGCUUCAGAUCUCCAAACCGCUCCAAAUCAUAAAGUGUAACAAACAACGCUUUCCUUUACAUUUUUAAAUCAUUCAUGCAAAAAUAAAAAUGCAAGCAUC